CGGGGCUCCGGCGGCGGCGGAGUCCCGGCUCGCGCGCGCCCUCUCCCCCUUGCAGGCCUGGACCACGAGCUGGCCUUCGCCAAGAUCAUCGUGGAGCUGCGCCGGCGGCCCCCCGGGCACGUGCUGCCGGACGAGGACCUGCGCUGGGUGUUCGUCAACGCCGGCGGCUGGAUGGGCUCCAUGUGCCCCCCCCACGCCUCCCUCUCGGAGUACGUGCUGCUCUUCGGCACCGCCGUGGACACCGGCGGGCACUCGGGUCGCUAUUGGGCUGACAUCUACGACACGGUGAUCUCAGGGACCUUCCGGCAGUGGAAAGAGGGAACAACCAAAAGUGAGAUUUAUUACCCAGGAGACACCAUUGUCCACCGUUCCGGAGAGGUCACCUCAGUGCAGUGGAGCGCCGGCACGUGGAUGGUUGAGUAUGGCCGAGGCUUCAUUCCCUCCACCCUCACCUUUGUCCUUGCUGACACGGUCUUCAGCACUCAGGACUUCCUCACACUCUUCUACACCAUCCGGGUUUAUGUCAAGGCGCUGAUCUUGGAGGCUAACACAUACUUCAGCAGCACAAGUCAGUGAGCCUUGCUCCUCUGCCCUCUCCCAGCUGAUGAAAGGAUCACCUCCUUCCCUGCCUCCCCAUCUUGUGCUAGUGGCCUGGGGCAGCUCCCGUGCUUGCACUUCUCCAUCAUACACGGUUAGGUGCAUAGCAUGUGCGUCAGGAAGCAAAGAUGGAUCUGAGAGAGCAAUAACGUGUCAUUCUCAGUUGCCCAUUCAUGAAUAUCUGAAUGUUCUGCUGUAAAUAGAUAUCCGUGUUGCUCACAAGGUGAUUAUUCAGUGUCUCAUGGAGACCGGAUAUUCAAAGUGUUUUGGAGCCAUGCAGAGAAGGAGAGGCCUAGGUAUCUAUAGAAGGGGUGAUGUCCCACAUGCCAUGGCAUCAUCACACAAUUGACCCAAAUAAUGCAAUUUGCGUGGUGACGGCAUGACAUGUAUCAUGUUGUGUGGCUUUUGCCAGGCACCUUUGGAGAGAGAAAACGCAUCCUCUCUCCAGGCUCUGAGCAUAAACGCCUCCUGCAACACUGUCACCAAGCUCUGUUGGUCUAUUCUCUGCUUUGUUUCAAACGGGCCGCCUGAUCCCCAUAAACAUAAUAGGCAGUUGAGAAGCAGCAGCAGAACUUGAUUGAUUGAGCCCUUAAAAGUAUAUAUUUGCACUACUGUUUUAAGGCAGACAAGUAUUUCCUAGUACUUCCUUUUCAUCCUCUGUCAUUCCUUUUUCCCCCACUCUGUACCCAGUUUAAUUUCUCAGAUGAAAAACGGGUAAUUUGGCUGAGCAAUAUCUGUAUCCACCGGUUUGAAAGCACCCAUGCAGUACCUUGCAGACUGGAUUUCAGCUGGGAAGUUUUGUUCUGCAGACUGGUAUUGUUCCCUAGGAAAACACAGGAAGACCUGUGUGUGGAUCUUCCACAACUCUGUCCUGCUUCUGGUUUGGAAAACUAAUUUAGCAUUCCAGUUGUGCUUCCUCGGGCCUACCAUGAACCUCUUCUCUCACCACAAAUCAGCCAGCAGUGCUCCUUUUUAGACAGUUGACUCACCUUUAUGUGCUUGCAGCACACAAUUUCAACUAAUUUGCUCAUCUGGCAGCCACAUUUUAGGUCUUCCAAAUCACUGCAAAGAAGGCUGGGGGCUAGACAUUUUCCUGUUCCUGCCAUAUUCUCUUCCUCCCAUUCUAGAGAGGGGAAAAAAAGUUAAAGCCCACAGUGGCCCAGUCAGAGUCAGCAGUGUAACAGGGUUGGUGGGCGUUGCCCACACGUACCCCAUCCAUGUUUUCCCCCUUAGCUGUUUCUUGUAUGGUCAUAAGGGGCUGAAAUCCCUGAGAUGGGGAUCCUCAUUUUCAUGGGACCUCUCUAGGACUACAGAUGACAGAAAAGUUAAUCCUCCUGGAAAUAGUUUGCAUGAACAAGACUAGAUAUAUUUGGAGCUAAAUCUAGCUUCUAUGAGUGAGUAGCCUGGAUCAGUUAACUCAGUUUUAGAAUUUGCACAUGUUUAUAUCCCCUCUCUCCACCUUCCACGGCCCAGUUAACCAUAUCAUACAAAAGGAACUUGUGAUUCUGGAGAGAUGGUAUUAUAAUUAAGCAGUAGCUGCUGUGUAGGACAGCAUUUCAUCUGCAUUUGUGACAUGAUUCUUCCUGUAUGUCUUAAUGCCUGGAGCGCUAAUAACCAAAAUGUCCUUUGCAACCAUCUCUUUCCCAAAAUGGAUUGUAGACAUUCUCAAGAUGUCAUCCAGUUUGGUCCUGUAAUAAUGCAGAGCCAUCAUCCAUCACCUUAACUAUGCGCCUUAUUCUCUUGAGCUAUGCACGUGUGUGUGUGUAUUUAUAUAUACCUCCUAUCGUUGAUGUAUCUGGCUGGACAUUUUCCUCCUAGAGUUGCAGAAAUGGCCAAACCCUAAGCUUGAAUAUUCAGUUCUUUGGCUUCACAUUCAAGCGAUUAGCGCCAAACCCAGUGCUGAUUCAGUAGAACAAGCAAACAAAGAGGCGCUACUUUUUUCUUCUCUCAGAAUAUCCCAGAAUUGGAACCACCAGAAAAGGGGUGCCAUCACCCAUCACUGAGGGCUCCCUAUCUUUGCAUCCAGUAUUAUUAACCUUACUAACAUCUCUUCCUGCUUCUGUAGCAUGGAAAUGAGCCUGUAAUAUUGGUGGUCAGUUCUGGACUGUCCCUGUUUCCAGAAUGCCUGAGAGAUCCUCAUCCUGGAUGCUUCCUUUUGCUCUUCUGGAACAUUAAAUCUUCUGAAAGAGUCCUCCAUCACCCUCAGAAUGCUCUGAGAUUGCUGGAGUGUCAAAGCUUUGCUUGCCCCUUUCAGCCCUCAUCAUUUGUGAGUAUCAGGACUCCAGUCUGAACUCUUCCUCUUUCCUCAACUUCAUUUUGCAUGGGUCAAAGAGCUGUUGCCUCCCUUGGGGGAGGAUUAUCCCUUCUUGUGCAUUAUUGGAAUCUCCCCCCACCCCCGUCAUCAUUUGUCCUUGCCUUUCAUCUUCUGCAAGAUGGGCAGAGUUUUGUGCGUAGAAAGUAGGUGCCAGUAGGAGGCAACAAUGAUUUGUCCUAGCCAGCCCUAAUACAGUUGGGAAGAGGGUAUUCUGUUCCUCCUUGCAGCAACCAUGGAAAGGCAGUUGGACAGUAGGUAUGGUCUAGCCAGAUUUGAUUGGUUGCAUGGGCUGGCAAGUUACCUCUACUCAUCAGAAAGCCCAAAUGCCUCCCCCAAGGAAAAGCCCCAUAGGGGCAUCCUUGGACUUACCUUUUUUUUUUUUCUGGGAGUUGAUAAGUCUUACAGUUCGAGGGCACAUUUUUUUCCCUUUCCUCCCACUCUGGGCUCAAGCAGUUCUUUGUUCAGGUCAGAAUGCAGUGAUGCAUUGCAGAAAGUUUGCCAGGCGGCAGGCUUUCUAUGCCCUACUUCUGCUGGCUACUCUCUUUGCUAGCAGGUAUUUGGCAUCAACAGCCCAGAAUUUGCAGUCCGUUGGAUGUAAUAGCCUUGGAACCAUCGGCCAAAUAUAUAGCAUGUCUCCAGUUUCUGUUUCUCAGUUACUGCAAAUGUAUCAUGUCUGAUGUUCACAAACAAGUCUUUGAGAAUAAAUCAGUGUGGGUGUGUGAUUGUUAUAUUUUGACAAAAGAAGAAUACAAUGGACUGUGAUUAAACUU